UCUCGGAGCACACACACCUGAGAGACAGCCUGGUACAGAGGACAUGUUAGUAGGGGCUGCCACUGAGCAUGGAUCACUGUCUUGUUAGGACUUGCAGGCGCUGAGUCGCACACACACACCAGGCGGAUUUGCGCGCAUUCCCCAAGCGGUGGGUUCAAACACUUUACACAAAUAACUUGCGCUUCAUUGUACCUUUCUUUUCAUUUUUUAUAUGUAUUUUUAAAAACACAGAAUGUCGAGUAGGUUUACCAGAAGCUGCGACUUUGCAGCAGGGACACGGCACUGCGUUUUCUGAUGUUUUCCAUGGACUGAAUAUUAUUUCGUAAGGCUUUGGCGUCGCAGGUAAAGGAUCAGACAGGAGGGCAGAUCAGGGUCCCAGUGCAUUAGGCAGAGGCUCUUUUAAUCUCCCUUUCAGCGCCUGCUUGAAACCUUAUUUUGUUAGCUGUGCAUAUUUGUACAGGGACAUGCAGGCGGUAGGUGGCUCUUGUUGUUCUAACCCCAGCCAGCCAGGAGCUGUGUAUAGUUGAACAUAACAUAUUUUGGAGGAGUUGUUUGCUGGAGUGGUAGAGCCAGUCUGACGGGUUUAGAGUGGGAGACAAGGAGAGCCAGGGACAGGCGGAAGGGAGGCAGAUUCAGAGCCGGGCAGAACUGAGCCACGCUGGACUUGGCCGACCCCCACACUAUUGCGGACUGCGACAGAACCGCUGCUCUGUGCGAUUGCAAGCAUCUGCUUUCCAGGCGAGACGCCCUAUCUGCGCCCUGGAUCUGCCAACGGGGACAGGAAAUCAGCGCUAAACAAAAAGAAAAGACUUGCCCUGCUCCCUUCCGGGCCCUGCAUGCUCCCACAAGCACAGCAGCGAGGGUGGAUUUCUCUAUUGUCUCACACUCAGCUACAGGGGCUGUGGAACGAGAUCUGCCUCGCAUGUUUAACCACACGCAGUGCUACAGGUUAUUCGUGUACGAAAUAAGAACACACUAGAGCUGCUGAGAUCGGGGGACACGCAGACAGAUUUUUGAAGACUGUGAGAUUUGAAGCGGCUUCUUUGCUUUGUGGCACUUAUACUUGAAGCCCAUCGGGCCAUGGAUCAAGCUCAGAGGACAGCAGAUCCGGGCCCCUCAGAUUCAGACAUGAAAAGCAAAGGACUGAACGACACAGAGAACAUUCCCGUCCCCAGCAGCAAGAGAAGCUCCUCAGACAUGGACAUGUCAUUUCCAGGAUAUUCCCAGGAUUCCCAGAUGUUGGUUCACAGUUUUUCCGCUAUGGAUCGCCAUGAUGGCAGCAAUGGGACUGGUCGGUUACCCCAGCUGGGCUCGGUGGGACAAUCUCCCUAUGCCAGUGCCCCCCCACUCUCUCACACCCCCAAUGCUGACUUCCAGCCCCCCUACUUCCCUCCGCCCUACCAGCCAAUAUACCCCCAGUCUCAAGAUCCCUACUCCCACGUCAAUGACCCCUAUAGUCUUAAUUCCCUCCAUGCCCAGCCACAACCACAGCACCCAGGUUGGCCGGGACAGAGACAGAGCCAAGAGACAAGUCUGUUACACACACAUCGGGGGCUACCACAUCAACUUUCUGGUCUGGACCCCCGGAGGGAUUAUAGGAGGCACGAAGAUUUACUACAUGGGCCUCAUGGACUCAGCUCAGGACUGGGGGACCUGCCUUUACACUCCAUACCUCAUGUUAUUGAAGACGUAUCGCACGUUGAGGACCCGAGUAUCAACAUCCCAGAUCAAACUGUAAUUAAAAAAGGGCCUGUAUCAUUUUCUAAAUCCAAUAACAAUGCGGUGUCGUCCCUCUCUCUCAACAAAGACAAUCUCUUCGGAGGAGUCCUCAAUCCCAACGAGGUGUUCUGCUCAGUCCCCGGACGCCUGUCUCUGCUCAGCUCCACUUCAAAGUACAAGGUGACAGUUGCAGAAGUCCAGAGAAGGCUGUCCCCGCCCGAGUGCCUCAAUGCUUCGCUGCUGGGGGGAGUACUAAGGAGGGCAAAAUCUAAAAACGGAGGAAGGUCUCUGAGGGAGAAGUUGGACAAGAUAGGGUUAAAUCUGCCGGCAGGAAGACGCAAAGCUGCCAAUGUCACGCUCCUUACAUCCCUUGUGGAGGGAGAGGCAGUCCAUCUAGCCAGAGAUUUCGGGUAUGUGUGCGAAACAGAAUUUCCUGCCAAAGCAGCGGCUGAAUUUGUCAAUCGGCAACAUUCCGACCCGAACGAGCAAGUAACGCGGAAGAACAUGCUUCUAGCCACCAAACAGAUUUGUAAAGAAUUCACAGAUUUGCUGUCUCAGGACAGAUCCCCCUUGGGGAACUCCAGACCAAAUCCUAUUCUGGAGCCUGGGAUACAGAGCUGCCUGACCCACUUCAACCUUAUAUCUCAUGGAUUUGGGAGCCCAGCAGUAUGUGCGGCUAUCACCGCCCUGCAGAAUUACCUCACUGAGGCACUCAAAGCAAUGGACAAAAUGUACCUCAACAAUAAUCCCAACAGCCAUACAGACAACAGCAAAGGAGGGGAUAAAGAUGAGAAACACCGAAAGUGACGUCACUUUCUGCAGCCACCAACUCUUCUCUAUUGGUCUCCCGCCCGCUCGAGUGAACAGAACGUGUUUUAUGGCUAACCGGGAUCUAGAGCAUGGGAGUCCAGUCUGGUCUAGAACAUUGCCCGGUCCUGAUGAUGGGAUCAAUCCACACACGGAUUCGGUGUGAACAGGCAAUGGAGCUACGAAAGACAGCUGUGUUUUAGUGUUGGAACUUUUUACAAAAGACAUUUUUUUUUCUAAAGAAAAAAAAAAAAAUAAUACAAAAAAAAAAAAAAAAUCUAUAUCUAUAUAUAUGUGUCAUCGGACUGAUUCACCACCUUUCCUUCAGCUGAGAUUGUAGAGGCCCAGAGGAUGACAGUUAUCAGUAUUGUGAAUAAACUUGAACACAAAAUACUUACAGUUCCAUGUCAUGUCUUCAAGUUGUACCUACCCUCCCCCAUCCCCCUCUAAAGGUAAAAAAAUGAAACACCUUGAACUUUUGAUUUCGGACACAAGUCGCAGUCAAUCUAAAAGGGAAUCAGUGUUCAUGUAUAUAUUUAUUUAUGUGUAAUUUAAUGGGGAUUGUAAAUAUGGUGCGUCUGUUAAAGCCUUUUUUUUAAUUUAUCUGGUGAUCUCGUUUACCUAUUGUUUAGUGGGUUCACACUAUACCUUCUAGUUCUCCAUGUUGGUCCUUGAAACUUCUUUAGAUAAGUAAUUUUUUACCCCAACCCCCCUCCCCAAAUCAACAUUUUUAGCUCUGUUGUAGCAUGUUCAGUCAUCCACAAAGCAACGGAACAAAGUAAAAGACAAUAAAAUCAGUUUUAUAUAUGA